AAUCCCAGCAUAUUUUGCUGAUUUUGUAGUCUCCAUCGAGAUCCUUAAUUUGGAAAUAAAAAAAACCGCCAUAUGGGAUUUUAAGAACCACAAAAUAAAAGCCUCAUUAAAGUCCUCAUUCCCUUGACUUGGGUCCCAAACCAACCCAACCCAACCUCCUUGGUAGCUGUUCUUAGGGGACCUUAGCUUCAGCUUCUGCUCACCAAAUCGUCGUGAUUUUCGCUGAAAAUAUACUCUCCCUUGGUCAUCCUUAAAGGGCGGCCUAAGCUUCGGAAGUAGGUCCCUCUUCAGGAGGCAUAGAGUGGCUUUGGUUGAAGUGAAUUGUGCUUUGAACUGGUCCUUGUGCUCAUGAUAUAGAACAAGAGCUCUACACAGCUUAUCCUUUUCAUCUUUCGCUUUAAUGGUCUUUUUUUAGAUUAUAACUCAAGGGUCUGUUUAGUUUUUCUAAAAUUUUCUUGUUUAGUACAGAACCCACCAGAAUUUUCCAUAUUUGAGAAGGCAAGAAGGCAUAAUUCAAAGUUUGGUUCUUGACUAUUCCUCUGCAUCUUUGAACUGUCUAUAAAACAAGGAAAGGGGUCAGAGGAAAAUGGAUGAGAAAAACGAAAUGGAUAAGAUUGAUGAUGUAAUGUUGCCUGGUUUCCGAUUCCAUCCUACUGAUGAAGAGCUUGUGGGGUUUUAUCUGAAGAGAAAGAUUCAGCUCCGGCCACUUCCCCUUGAACUUAUCAAGCAAGUGGACAUUUACAAAUAUGAUCCAUGGGAUCUUCCAAAGCUGGCAAGCACAGGGGAAAAGGAGUGGUACUUCUACUGUCCGAGGGACCGGAAAUACCGAAAUAGUGCAAGGCCAAACCGUGUCACAGGAGCUGGAUUCUGGAAAGCCACUGGUACAGACCGGCCUAUUUACUCCUCUGAUGGAACCAAGUGCAUCGGUUUGAAGAAGUCACUUGUUUUCUACAGAGGCAGGGCUGCCAAAGGUAUCAAAACCGAUUGGAUGAUGCACGAAUUUCGUCUUCCUUCUAUCCCCGAAUCACCACCCAAGAAGCUUUCUGAUAAAAGCUUUCCGGCCCAUGAUUCAUGGGCAAUCUGUAGGAUAUUCAAGAAAACGAAUUCCAUGGCUCAAAGAGCUCUCUCUCAUUCUUGGGCUACUCCAUUGCCUGAAAUUUCAGCACCUGGUUUGCUCACUCAAGCCACUCACUGUACUCAAUUCAGUCCAGAAAAUAUCUCUUGCACAACUGAAAUAGGUUCAGCCCUCCAGUUUUACAGCAACAAUGACUUACAACAAAACUCUACCACCACCUACUCUGCUUCAGAUAUCCCCCCCUCUUACAAACCCAAUAACCUUGAGAUCUGUAAACCAGGAAAUUUUCCAUUUUUGAAUGAAGAAAUUCCCAAUAGCUUUGUCUUCCCUGGAAUGGAAAUGUCAGAACCUACAAAGUCUUCAGUUGAUGUGGCUUCUAUGCUUUUUAACACUGGUUUGAUUGGCAAUGGAAGAAACAAUCCCUCAGAGAGUAUACACUUUGAAAGCCAACAUCAGCAGUUUAGAGGGUUCUCUGUAAAUUUGGCACAAAAUAUGCAGGGAAACGAUAUAGGAACAGGAGAGGAUGAUGGUGAAGCGGGUUUGAAGAAAGACCCACGUGUAGCUCAGGUCGAUAACCAAUGUGAAGCAAUCCGAUCCAUUGGGUUUCCAUUUAGUUUGUCUCCAAACGAUGCUUGGAAGCCUAAUCUGCCAUGGGAUUCACCACCCUGCCCUAGUGAGAUGUCCAUUAGCUAUUCCACAAACAAAUGCUACACCUAAAAAAAUUUGAUUAAAUUUGAUAUACAGGAAACUGAAAUGGUCAAUACUCCCAAAGUUUGAUUGACCAUAUUGAAUUUGGAGCAAGUAUAUAUCAAAAACUUGUUCUGUUUAUUGUGUUAUUGUACAGCUCCUUACAUUUCAAAUAUACAAACUUGUUCUGUUUUGUAUAUUAUAAAUUCUUAU